UCCGUGGCUCCUCCGUCGCGGUCGACGAGAGCUUCCCGCUCUCAACCUUUCCUACACCAAAGUCCAGAGACCAAGGACACCAGCACCUCCCUCCCUCCAGCGGUAGACCAUCAGAGGGUUGGUCGCAGCAAAUAACAAUGGAGACAAUCGUUAUCCUCUCCGGUCCAAUCCGAAUCAGAACCACCUCGACGCAACCACCAACCACACCCGAAGAUGCCCCGUCCAUGUCACGCUCCACCUCCCUCCCCAUUCCAGACUCCACAUCCUCGAAGGUCGACCAAUCCCAACCGUUCCGCUCCCUCCGCAUCAAGAAAUCCUCCGCAGCGAUCCUCGCCCGUUCAUCCGUCCUCGCCGACAAUCUCGCACGCGACGCAGCAUUCACCCCACCACGACACCCCCUCAGCACCCGCGACCGGGAUCGCGUAACAAGCGGCCCAGGCCUCCUUGAACGGUCAGGGAAAUUGGAGGAAUCGUUGAAACGAGAUGCAAAGACACCCCCGAAACCACGGAAACCGGCACUGAUCAGUGCAGUGAAACCCCUCGCUCUCGAGGACGAUAUAAAGGACAGAUUAGCACGCGCGGUCAGCGGGAGUCUAGAACUGAAACAGAAAGCGGAAAAGGAAAGGGAGAAGACGGAGCAGGAACGAUUCGUGGAGACUGUGGAGGAGAAAUCGAAGAAUUGGAUCGUGAGGCGGGAAGCGUUACCCGUACCCAAGAAAGUGUCGAUACCGUCGUUUUUGCAACAAUGGGAUCAGGCAUUUCAGUCACAGACGCAGCAACAACCAUCACAGCCUGUUUCGCCGGUGGAGUCUGCGGCUUCUACCACGACCUCCUCAUCGACUCGCACACUGAAGGAUUAUACCGCAUUUAUCCCGAUUCCAGAGGAAGAGGCACCAGCACCACAGGUCCGGGCAGCACCGAAGAAGGUGUUACGUGUGGUGCCGUAUGCGAAUGUGAACGUGUCGACUGGAGUGGAUGGCAUCAGAAGGGAAAGGGAGAGAGAGGUUAGGAGUGUUAGUGAGGGGAGUUCGAGGGUUAGAGAUCUCGCGGCGAGGUUUGCUAGGAUUGGAAGUGAGUAAAGACCGGGGUUCCCUGCGUGUGAAGGGUUGUUUGGUUUUCUGAACGCCGACAAGGACAGGUGAGGACUAUGGGGUCGUGUGGACUAUGGGAGUUUGGUUUCGUUUUGUUUUGAAUAUCCUUAAUGGUAACGAAACUGCGCUUGCUUUUGGUAAGCAUGAAUUGAGCGUUUCUUUCAACUAUCCUUGGAUGAACUUGCAAAGGCCAGCUACCCAACCAUUACACGCGACGG